AUAUUUUGAGCUUGCCCAAUAAAGUUUAUAUCUGUGACAAAUAAAAACGUUUAUCUCAUUGUGAGUUUGUGACAGCUCACCCUAUUUCUCUCUCCUCUAGCAACUCCAGGCCACCACCACCAAACCAAAAUAUUUCCUUCUCUUUCCUCUCCUCCCAAGGUCAUGCCGAUCAACCCAUCUAUAUUUGCUGCUUCAUAACGGUAAAUCGACCGGCCGAACAAAAGACACUCUAGUAAAAUUGAGCCCUUACUAACUCCUUAGGGAAAGGCUUUUGCUAACCCCAAAAACAUUUCUGGUCAAAAAUCUCAAAAGAGGUGGUAAUUGUUUCCGUAAUUAGGUUUGAGCGAUGUAGGUGGGGUAGUGUAGUUAGAGCGGCUGGGUGGUGCUAGUGGUCGUGUAGUUGGAGCAGCAGGGCAGUGCUAGUGGUCGUGCAUGUAGUGGGGAGGAAUUUUGGUUUGGUGGUGCUAGCGGACAUCUACAGUAUUGAAUUGUUGAUGGUGGUGGAAUAUCUAGAGGACAGAGAAAGAGGUGGCUCUAAUAUAGCAAAACGUAGUAGUACUCUUGGGAGUUGGGACAAUUUCCGACCAUACGUAGUAGACCACUGUAGUACUUGUUUCAUCACCAGAUUCCCAUCCUUCCCGCCAUUGCUAAAGCUGAAUUCCAAAUUCCAAAUUCCAAAUUCCAGCCAAAUGACUUCAAUUUCUCUCUCUAUCAUCCCAUUCACAACAAUAAACAGAUUAACCUCUAUUCCCUUCUUAAAUCCCCCGAAAUUCCCGCUUAAUUGUUCAUUAAAUUACCCUUCAAAACCCCAAUUUCAAUUAGGGUUUCGGGUGAAAAUUUCUCGAUUUUCUCGAAAUUCUUCCAUAAAUGGAGCAGACCCACUUGGCUCAGUUGAGGUUCUUAGGGUUCCUGAUCAUUGGUUGGAACCUUCCAGAGCUAUUCAGGAAUCAGAGUGGCUUAGAGUGUCACUCCAUAAGUGGUUAGAUGAUGAAUAUUGUCCUGAACCAACUAAUGUUGACAUCAGUAGAGUGGCUGCUAACUCUUAUUACCAGUCAUUAUUGCAGAAGACUACUGAUCUGGGUGAAAUUUUGUUGAAAAUGGUCCGAGAACUUGAAUCUAUUUCCUACCAGGAAAGCUUUCAUGGAGCUUUCUCUUCUGCCAAUGCUGCUGUUAAUCUAAUUGCUGAGAGGAUAGAUAAUGUUUAGCUUCUUCUCUUCCUUAUUAUGUCUUUAUUGCUGCCUGUCCAUCUCCACCCUUGUCUCCUCCUUGUGUGGAUAUUGAAGGAAAGAGAAAUAGCGGAAAGAGGUUGCUGCAGUUCUUAAUUGUCCAUAUGUUGAUAAUCUGUAAAGAUAUGUCACACAGGUGUAACUAAUGGAUGCGCUUUUUCCAACUUAUAUCUGUUUAUUCUCGUUUGCUCAUGGAUGCUCAGAUCUUGAAUCAACGUAUUUUUAGGAGACUGCAAUGGCAUUCAGCUUAACUUUCAAAAGGUGUGGAUGUAGAGGUUGCAAACCUUGCGAUCAUAGGUAAACGGGAACUACAGUAUGUAAUAAAUCUGUUUCAUGAAGAUGAAUUUAUGAUUCCCUUACACUA